AUGAACAAAGGGCGCAAGGCAUGGCUGCAGAACCAGACCAUCACCGCCGUCCUCUUCUUCCUCCUCCUCUUUAUCUAUGUCUUUUUCCACGCCAUUCCCUCCGGCGGCUCAGCCCCCUGGCACGCCGAUUCGCUUCUUACCGUUUCGCCGAACAGUAGCUCGAAUAAACCCCGCGUGAAAGUUUACCUCUAUACCCUCCCGAGGAAGUUCACGUACGGCGUCGUCGAGGGGUACUGGACGGCGCGGGGGCACGCCGACGUGGCAGACCGUAAGUACCCGAGUCACCAACACUCUGCCGAGUGGCACUUGCUGCUGGACUUGACCCGGGAUGAAAGAUACCGGGUCGGGUCGCCUGUCGUGCGGGUCUCGGAUCCCGAAGAGGCGGAUUUGUUUUACGUGCCGUUCUUCUCGUCGUUGAGCUGGGUCGCGAGCAAGACCCGUUCUCUAAACGGGUCGGUUCGGCCGACGAAGCCCUGGGACGCGGAGGCCCAGGAGGAGUUGGUGGCGUGGUUGGAGGAGCAGGAGCAGUGGAGGAGGAGUAAGGGGCGGGACCACGUGAUGGUUUGCCAGAACCCGAACGCGCUGCGGCGGGUGAAGGAACGGGUCAAGAAUGCGGUGUGGUUGGUGUCGGAUUCCCGGCGGGUCAGACCACACCACGCGUCGUUGGCCAAGGACGUGGUCGUGCCGUACUCGCAUCGGAUUAGCUCGUACCGUGGAGGUAUCGGCGUUCAGAAUCGGAAAAAGUUGUUGUUCUUCAUGGGCAAUCGGUUUCGCCCAGGGGUAGGCGAAGUCCGUGAGUUGCUUUUUCAAGCACUUGAAAAUGAAGAAGAUGUGAUAAUGAAGUAUGGAGCACCAUCACAACUGACUCAGCCCUUAGCUUCACAAGGGAUGCACUCAUCAAAGUUCUGCUUACAUCCUGCCGGUUCGACGCCGGCAUCGUGCCGACUUUUCGAUGCUAUACAUAGCUUGUGUAUCCCAGUAAUAGUCAGUGACACUAUUGAAUUGCCCUUUGAAGAUGUCAUUGACUACAGAAAGAUUGCAAUUUUUGUGCAAUCAACCUACGCUGUAAAGCGGGGAUUUUUAGUUACAAUGCUGAGAAAUGUAACCACACAGAGGAUUCUGGAGUACCAGCAGGAGCUGAAGUUGGUGAGAAGAUACUUUGACUAUAGAGAUCGAAAUGGGCCAGUGAAUGAAAUCUGGCGCCAAGUAUCACAGAAGCUUCCAUUGAUUAAACUGAUGAAAAAUCGUGACAGAAGGCUUGCCAUGAUGCGCGUGAUUGAACCAGAUUGCUCUUGUAUCUGUUCAAACCACACUGGGGUUAUUACCACCUUAUGAUGCCUCCUUUGACAAUCAUUCUACCAUUGAUGUUUUUUAUUUUUUUUUAUUUUUUCUAUUUUAUAUAUUUCUGUAGUUGAUGGCUUUACUUUCUUUCUUCUGGAGAAAAAUGAUGAAU